UGUUCAUAGGUACUGUAUUAACAAUAAUUAAUGUAAACAGAGUUAAACAUGCUAAUUAUUCAAUUAAAUCAUUCUAUAAGCCUUUGGUUGUUAUGUUUAUUUGGCCUACAAAAUUAAAACUAUCUCCUGAAACCAAAGUCGAUUUGACACCAUCUGUAAUUGAGGUUGCAGAUCGUUUAUUUGAGUCGGGAAAAUAUGAAGAAUGUCAUAAAAUUUUGUGUGGUUAUGAGAAACAGGAUGAUAUAGAAAUAAAAUGGCGCUUAUGCCGUGUUUUAUACAAUAUGGCAAAACUUCCAAAAUAUAAUCAAGAGUACAAAUGCGAACUUAUAACAAAGGCUUAUAAUAUAAUUGCUAAAGAAUUAGAUACGCAUUGGGAUAAUUUUGCCGUGCAAAAGUGGUAUGCUUUAAUACUAGAUAUAAAAAGUUCCAAUGAUGGUUUAAAAAGGAGAAUAGAAGAACUGGGAAAUGUUAGAAAACAUAUGGAAUUGGCUAUAAAAUUAAAUCCAAAUGAUGCAACGCUACUGCAUAUGUUAGGCGAAUGGUGUUAUCAAGUAACAGAGGUGCCGUGGCAUCAGCGCAAAACCGCCGAAACAUUAUUUGCGGCAUUACCUCAUUCGACUUACGAAGAUGCACUUGAAUAUUUCUUAAAAGCCGAGGAAGCACAGCCAAGAUUCUAUAGUAUUAAUUUACUUAGAUUGGGAAGUUGUUAUCUGAAGUUAAAGAAAGAAGAUCAAGCCAAGUAUUACUUAAAAUUAGCAGCAAGUUAUCCAGCAAAAUCAAAUGAUGACCAUCAUGCUAACAAAGAAGCGACAGAAUUAUUAAAGAAAAUUAAACGGAAAUAAAAUUUAAUCUACCUUUAAAUAAAGCGUUUUUUUUACUGUACUAAAAAUUCCAAACAGAAACUACGUCGUUAGAACCGACUUUCAUUUUUUUGAUCUUGAUUUAUUUUUUACUGGAGUUCUUUUAUUCCAUAUGUAAGUUUAAUUGUUACAAGCUAAGGUUAUAGUACGAUUCAAACUUAAUGGCAUGGCGGCUCGGAACAUCGUACGAUCCGAUGCGCAGAAAACAAUUUUAGGUAUUAGCAUUUAGCAGGACGUUAAGGGACC